AUGAGGAUCAAUGUGUCGGGUGUGCGGCCGGAGCACACGAUCAGCGACCUGGAGGUGGACCUUGACGCCGGCGUCGAGGGACUGCGGCGUACCGUUGCCGAGCGGAUUGGUGCCGCACCAGAGCGGCUGCGACUCAUCCACAUGGGGCGUCUCAUUGACGAGUCUCGACCGCUGGGCUCGUUUCUUCACGAAGGCGCGACGAUCCACGCGGUGAUCACGCAAGGCGCGCCUCCUCCAUCAGAUUCCUCCUCAAGGGGCAACAACAGCGGCAACAACGAGCAGGGCGGAAUUCCCGUUAUGAACUUGCUUGAAUUUGCAAAUUUCUGGCGGGGAAUUCCGGAUCCUCUCCUGAGCUUCAUUCAGCAGUCUGUCUCGAGCAUGGUGGGGCCAACGGCGGGGCGAACCCCGGUGAUUAUCCAGGGCGGAAUCAUGGGGAGUGGAAUGGGCGCACAUUCCAUGGACAAUUCGCAGCAGCAGCAGCAGCAGCAACAGCGUGAACAAGAGCCGCAGUCGCAACAACAACAACAACAACAACAACAGCAGCAGCAGCAGUCACCCAUGGAAGGGCAGCCACAACAGCAGCAUCGCUUUUCGUUUUCUUACGCGGUGCCGACUCCCGAGGCACUGGCACCCUCACCCGUGCACAUCCACGUUCACGUCUCGCUGGAUGAGCUCGAACAACUCCCUGAACGCCUGGAAAGAUUUCGCCGACGCAUGCAAGCUUCUGGAUCGACUGCGAGCGUGCACGUUGAACGCGGACCUCUUCCACAUGGAGCCACCCCUUCGGCCCAACCCGCCGCACCGAGGACAGCCGAAUCAAAUAACGGCAACCGUGGCAGCGAUAACAACGCCCCCGCUGGGAGUAGGAACUUGGCCUCCAAUGCUCUGCCAGAAACCAUCGGCGAACUGACGAACGCACUUAUUGGUGCCACGGAAGAAGAGGAAGAAAGUGGACUUCCUCAGCUUUGUGUCAUAGCCUUUUCAAAUGCAAAUGUCGCAACUUUAUUUCCACUUCUUCAGGGAGAUUUUUCUUUUUUUGCAGCUUCCCGGGAGCGCCUCGUAGAAGCGGUGAGGCAAUGGGGAGAGCAACCAGAGGGAGAGGCGCGGCGCACGCAGCAAGAGAAUCGGCGACGAUUUGUGGAGGAUCAAGUGGCUCAAGCCAUUGAGGCCCUUCAAGGGAACCUCAGCUUUAUGGAGUUCAUUGAGAGGGCGAGACGGCCUCAAUGCAACUUUCUUUCAGAGUUAAAAAGUUACUUGAUCCUCGCGCAUGAAGAAAUCGCUAGCGCCAUUUUAAACCCAACCGUGGAUAUUGACCAAUGGACGACUGGAUUGCGAGUGGCUUUCGUUCGUAUCGCUGGAAUUGCCGCUGAGCGUGCAUCCGUCUGGUUUGAAGGGGGAUUGAGUGUCCUGUACGAACUUAUACCGCUAAUGCUUCAGACCAUGAUCUCCCAGGCCCUCAAUGCCCGUACCCAGUGGAUCUCGCAGGUCAUCCCUAUGAUGCGGCUCAGUCUGACAGGCUUCAUUCCGGCAUGGCAUGCGGAAUAUAUGUCACAACACCGGCGGGACACGGACAGCAUCCUCUUUGAGGAAGCGGCGGCCGCACAGGAACAGAGGAAAGAAGAAGACGACCUCUUGGAUGACUGUCUCGAUGAAUUCUGCACGGAUAGGGUGGAAGGUGGCGGCAAUGGAACGGCCGCCAAUAGUCACGCUGGCGCGAACACCGACGAGGUACGCAGCGCCCUGCAUGCCUUUCGCGGGGCGUCGGAAGAGGAGGAAGAAGACAUAUGCAGACGUGCGCGGCGUUUCCGGUAUGAGGAGCGGCCCGCCAACGCCUUCAAUGCUUCCACGAUGUGGAACCAUUUAAAGAAACAGUAA